AUGGAGGCCGGCAAUCGUGACCACGAGGACCGUCUCGCUGGACUGCUGCAAUCCCAGUCGCCGACCCGACGGCCUCUCCCUCAACUCGAUAUCCUCCACUCGCCAUACCAUCUGCCCUACUCGGAUCCCUCUGGCCCUGGUUCCAGCUCCAGGGGCGACGCUGAACCCUUGGAGUGCCUGCCCUACGAGCAUACCGAUAGCCACAGCGGCGCCGGCCAAGUGCCCUUGCAAUUGCACUCGGCCGCCCUUGCUUCCUAUGCCGCAAACAAUCGCCAGGCCGCGAAUGCAAAUGCGAAUGGCCUCGUCGACCCGGGCGACUUCUACAGGACCUACCGUGCCGUCAUCAACGCGUCCGCCGAAAACCCAACCACGACCAGCGACUACGGCGAAUUGAUGGCGUCGACUUCCACCCUCUCACCGGCGCAGAGGCAGAACCCCAACGCCUCGUCGCUCCGAUCGAACAGCAAUGGCACGACGCCAAAGCAUCCCGCCGUAGCCUCCGCCGCGAGGACCGGCCUCAGAACUACACCACGGUCAGUAUCCGCGCCCAUUCACCCCCAGAGUGACGCCAGGGGUGGUGCCGCAACGUCAGGACCUGCAGCUUACGGCAGCAGGCAACCUAGUGUGAAAGAUCUCAAGAAGCGAUUCGACCACAAUGCCACAGCGCAGGCUGGCAACGGCAACGCAGCCAUGGCUGCCCGUAAGACGACCCCACGCAUGUCAGCCCGGGAACCCUCGUCCGCAGUCUCACCUACACCCGCAAACUAUCGUGGAGUCGGCAGCGCGAACGCUUCUUCGUCUCCUUAUUCAGCCUCGAGGACUUCGUCCGGGGCGAGGACUCCAUCUGCGACACGUUCGACGCAGAGGUCACGGUUCAGCGCCGAAGAUCAGGUUUCCAAUAAUUCGCAAUCCUUUGCCAGUCGCAUAGCCAAACCCCGGACUGGUCAUGGUCUGUCCUCCAAAUCCAUGAGCAACCUCUCUCCGACGUCACCCGUGGGCGCCUCGUCUGUUCCACCACUUCCUCGGAUGGAAAAGAGCAGCGUAGAUUCUCCCGGCAAAAGUCUUCUUUUUGGCGAAAUAUUACCUGGCGAGAAUGACGCUGGCCUCGCUGGGUUCGGGAUUGAUAGCGCCCGCCCGAGACGGACGUCAGAAUCUAACCUUCGUAACCCGGCUGGCCUGCACCAUCGAAGCCUCUCACAUGCUGAUGCAGAACCAGCCUCCCCAACAGACUGGUACCGCAGCGCCCACGCACCUGGCGAAUCGAGCAGAUCACCGACCAAACCGCACAAGUCCCACAACAGAUCGCGAAGUGACUUGGCAGGAUCUAAACCUACCCCGACGCAGCUCAGGACACCCCUAUCAUCCAGGAAACAGGCAACUCCCACCCCUGACUUGGGUCCUUCACCUGCGACCUCCAGACUCCCGGUAUCCGUUCGGAAGAACAGCCCAUCGUCGUCAUCGGCGAGCCCCCCGUUCUCCCGCUCUAACUCUCCGUCCACUGCCAAACGCCCCCCAACACGGACACAGGGCAGAAUACAUAAGCCGCCGCCAAUAUCUACAUCCAGUGCAAGGGCGCGGACACCCACUAGCGGCCCUACCGGGAAACGACCGCCAGGAACCAUCACCCCUAAUGGCAACACACGGUUGAAUGCCUAUAUUUCGGCUCCUCCGCCUAAACUGUCUCCGCCGCUGCGAAGUUCCCGGCCACGUCAACCUGUUUCAUCCGCCACCACCGCUAGCUCGAGGAUGAAGGCUGUUGAAAGGGGGAGAUCGCCUGCCAAACACGAUAGCCGAACCGGCAAGCCGGAAACACAGCGGAGAAGGAAGAUCUCAAUGGGCCCGAUAGACUUUGACGCUCGUCGUGAACAAAUAAAACUCUCGUAUACCAAGAGUAUUCGGGAAACUGAAGCCAAGGCCGCUGCUAGAAGGCGGGCAGCCGCGGAGAAGGAGAGGCAAAGGCGCGAAGAGGAGGCUAUUGCGGCCCAGGCUGCCUUGGCUGCUGCAGAAAAUCAACGCCAGGACGAAGAGGGUAUUGAACAACAUGGCGCAAAUUCAGACAUUGAUGCAGAUGCGCCAGAGUCUGAAAUGCACCAACAUGAAGAGCACGAACAGCCUGAACAACCGACUCUAACACUGAAUACCGGCAUCAGUCUGGAUUCGCCUACUCUGGGGAUGCCGGGCAGCUUCCCACCCUUGGGUUCCCCGGAUAUGCAUGAUGAAGCACCACCUUCAGCGGUGUCAGAUACUACAGAGUUUGAUGCCGAGCCUCAAACCGAGCCCCCUUCUCAACAAACCCAGCAGGCGGUGGUUCUAGGAUAUGACGGUCCCGCAGCGGAAGCACAACCCGUAGACGCCACCACCACCACCCCUGCGGAGUAUAAGUCUCCUUUCGACGAAUCCCCCGUAGAUGGAAAUGCAACAAUCCCAAUAUCGUUGGAGGUAUUACCGCCACAGGUUCAAGAGCCCACUUUGGACUCGGGGAGGGAAUCAUUGAUUCCAGGGCCUGACCAGGACGAAUACACACCACAACCAUAUGCCGCCCCCUCAUAUGAGACAACGGUAACCAUCAUUGGCCGAAAUGCUGAUUUCACUUCGACGCCCAAGGGAAUGGACCAAGUUUCUUCCUCCUGCGACGCUGAAUCUGCAGAAGUAGAACCACAACAAGAACCUGCGAACGAAGCAAGGGCGCCUAGUCCAAGUCCAAAUACCUCGGGCGGCCGGGAAGCAUCCUCUGGUGACGAGUGUAGCGACCAUGAUGCCGGCCUUCGAAAGCUAGAAGAGUUCUACAUCGGUCCCAAUGUAGCGGAGUCGGCUGCACGCCUUCGUGAGUCGACAUCCAAAGCCCCACCCCGGCAUGCCCGGACGUGGUCGAUGGAACAGAAUGAGCAAGCUCCGCAAGAGCCUCGUUUCUCGACAGAGACUAGAAGAACCAUCGAGACGAGGCCGAGUCUGAACGUCCCCAGAGCUUCUUACUCUGCAAAUCGUGCUAGCCACAACACAGUUUGGACAGAUUAUUCGGUUGAAAGUCGAGAAGACUUUCCAGAUUUCUCGGUCAAAUUGCAGAGACGAGACUCUGCAUACCGCGAGAAUGAUUCUGUAUCAGAGGCAGGGUCCCGGAUCCACUCUAGUCGCCACGACCGGAACUCUAGGACUUACCCUUCCAGCCCGGAGUCAUCACCUCACGGGAGCUAUAGGAGUCCGAGAGUGACUGGCGAGAGUCAACUUCGAUCUGCGGCACACCAACUCCCGGAACUUGACACCGGCGGAGGCUUUGUCGUGGACUACAUCACUCGCAAGAACAGCACAGCUUUUGCCGUCCCUGUACUACCAGAUCAUUCUCCUCCGCCGCCACCAGAAGAAGCGGCUUUCCCUGACUUGAGCUCUGCGCCGCCAAGCGAAUACUUCAACGAUACCAGACCUAGCAGCUAUCUCCAUGGAACUCAGGAUGGCCACAGCACAUUCUCCGUGUCAAGGCCGCAAAGCGAGAGUUUUGACUUGCCUGGCUCGACCCCACACUCGGUCGACCAGGCUUCCCUUGACAUAUCUGAGGGCCACACGUCCACCAGGACACGUAUGGACAGCCAAACAACUCUUGCGGACAGCAUCGACCAAGAUAAUUCAGCAGGUCUUUCGGCCAAGGAGAGGAAGAGGUUGUUCACUCGACUCGAGACGGUAAAGGAAUUGAUCGAUACAGAGGCCUUCUUCAUCCGAGACAUGAACAUUGUUGAAGAGAUCUACAAGGGGACCGCAGAAGCUUGCCCGCAGCUUGACGAUAACACCAUCAAACUCAUAUUCCGGAACACAGACCAGAUCAUCACCUUCCACACAGCCUUCCUUGCCGAAUUGAAGGAAGGAGUAUCCAGCGUAUAUGUACCCAAAGUACAUCGAUCCAUGAUCCCAAAGGAUGCAUCCAGUGUCUCGGAUGGCACUCUCGGAUCUGUACCAGCUGUCGGCCAUUUGGAUGACGGGAAAGACAGAGAAACCUCACUAGGUCCAAUCUUCAAGCGGAACAUGGAUAAAAUGAAAACUGUGCACGAGACUUUCCUCAAGAACAGCGAUCAUGCAGCAAAACGACUGAUACAGAUCCAGGAGGAUCCGACUGUAAAGGUUUGGCUCAACGAAUGCAACGAAGUUGCCCGAGAUUUGACUAAAGCCUGGAAUUUGGAUUCACUCCUGAUCAAGCCCAUGCAACGGAUCACGAAGUAUCCAAAUCUACUGGUUCAGCUGCUACAUGAGACCCCAGCCGAUCACCCUGACCGACCUGCUCUUGAGUCUGCCAAGUCCGCUCUAGAAGAUGCAAUUGAGGAGAUAAACAAGACGAAGAAGAAUUUUGAGCUGGUUGGGCAGAUCGUUGGCAGAAAACGAAAAGAUUCUGACGUCAGAGGGUUCGCAAGAGCCUUUGGCAAGCGCGUCGACAAAUUGCAGGCAACCAACAAUCGACCUUCUGAAGAUGCUGAGUACGCUAAGCUCCACGAGAAGUUCGGCGAUGAUUACCUUCGUCUGCAAGUGGUCUUGAGGGAUGUCGAAUUUUACACUCGGCAGGUCACUGCCUAUGUUCACGAGUUCCUCCAAUACCUGUCGUCAAUGGAGCUUGUCAUGCGUCUGCAACCUUCACCGCACCCCGAAUUGGAAAGCAAAUGGGUACGCUUCAACGUGUCUAUGAGAGAUAUCGAGAAGGUGGCCCUAGAGCAACAUCUCUCUCAAGUUCGAAAGCAUGUCAUUGAGCCAUUUGAGCAUGUCAUCAAAGCGUACAGCAACCCGUCUUUGGCCAUGAAAAAGCGUGCCAAGCGCAGAGUAGACUACGAAAAGUCGGUACAACUCAAGAAAGCUGGCAAGAAACUGGACAAGCAACUCACCGAGUGUGUGGAGCAAUAUGACGCUCUCAACGAAGCGCUCAAGAAGGAAUUGCCAAAGCUUUCCGCGCUCACCGAAAAGAUUGGCAAUAUAUGCCUCGGAAACUUUGUCAAUAUCCAAACUCAGUGGUUCUCUAUCUGGAAGGAGAAGGUCAAGGUUGUCCUCGACAACCAGCAAAUUCCAGAGAUACCGGAUAUCAUCUCCAACUUUCAGCGAGACUACAGUUUCCAAGAAGAGCAGAUGCAGUCGAUCUCUAUCCUGAAUCCUACAUCGACACCUCGGGUUUCUCAGUCAACCAGCAUUGACGAUUCUCAAAGGCUUCGUCCGAGGCCGUCCGAACUCUCAAGCCUCCGCCGCGGGCGAGGACUGUCAGUAAACAGUGAUGUCGCUCCCAGCUUGCCGACGCCCGACUUUGUUAAGCGCAACAGUGGGCAGUUCACCGUGUCUCCCUCGGUAAAUUCAGUCCCGAGUCCACACCAGUUCUAUUACCGGGACUAUUACGCCGGCAUCAAUAGCACCACCCCCGCAGGCUCUGGAACGCCUAACACACCAGAAGCUUCUGGCCGCGCUCCAGCAUCGGGGUCUCUCCGGCCAGGAACGGGGCAAAGCUACGACUCAGGAGGCAUGCCCAGGCGGAGUACUGACAGCGGCCAAACAAGACGGUACUCAAAUUCUGUUUACCCCACAUCUGGGUACCAGUCACCGCCAGAACCUUCCCAGAACCAAAGGUAUUCCGGUCUUUUCCACUCGGCGCUACCCCUGUCCGAUGCUCCAGAGAAGAGCGUACGGCAGUCCAGGGCAUCAUCCCGUGCUUCUUCUCGUGAGAGACCCCCUAUCGACGGAUACAACGUUUUGUGGCUCGCAGCCUCUCUUUUCGAGUUCAACAUUGAAACUACCAAGCAUGAAGCAGGGUACCCUUACCUAACGUACCAAGCUGGCGAAAUUUUCGAUGUUAUCGCCGAGAAGGGCGAGCUGUGGUUGGCCAAGAACCAAGAUGAUCCAAAAAACCUUGUUGGUUGGCUAUGGUCCAAACAUUUUGCUAAACUUGCAGAUGAUUGA